CGAUAUCCUGUAUUUGUCACAUCCGGGGUAAUCCUGGCUGGGACGAGCUCGUCAUCCUUAUAUCCCUGUGUGUGACUGUGGGCUCUUCCUUCCAGCAGCAGCGUGAGCGGAGGAGCAGGCCCUAGCACGGGCAGCGCCCGCCACUGGCCGGAGAAUGAGCAGCGCCAAGCGGAAAGAGGAGCACCCCGUGUCCAAUGGGGGAGUGAAGGCGAAAGUGUCCCCUUGGAGUAAAGCCCUGCGAGUGGACGCAGCCUGGGAGGACAAGGAUGAGUUCCUGGAUGUCAUCUACUGGAUGCGGCAGAUCUUGGCCAUCGUGUUGGGGGUGAUAUGGGGUAUUGUCCCUCUGAAGGGUUUUAUAGGAAUAGCUAUAUUUUGUCUAAUAAACGCCGGCGUACUCUACCUGUAUUUUAGCAGCUUCCAGCGAGUAGAUGAGGAAGAGUAUGGUGGCACAUGGGAGCUAACAAAGGAAGGAUUUAUGACCUCAUUUGCUCUCUUCUUGGUGGUCUGGGUAAUUUUUUACACAGCAAUACAUUAUGAUUGACAAUAAUUUAUCUCUCCUUUUUUGCCAAAUCCUCACUUUUUGUCAAGAAAAUCCAUAAUGAAAAUCGAUCAAUACCAACAAAGAACAUUUCAGGGGAGAGAGAACAGUGAUGAUUUUUUUUUCCUCCUCCUUUAAACAUUGCAUUUUUCCCUGAUUUUCUAAAGUUCAGGCUGCAGGAACAGUGUGCUGCCAUGACUGGAGAUGUUGGCCUAAUUUUUUACGUGGUAACUCUUCUUCCACUGUCUCAGGAGCCCAAAAACAUGGUUUUUAAUUUUUUAUUAUUUACUUUUUUCAUUCUUACUCAUUUCGUCUGCAUUUCCAAUUUGUCAACCUCUUCAUCUUCUCCACUGAACUAUAACAUGGCAUGAGUGACAAAUAAUGGAACCCACUCCAUGUCUAACAAUUCAAGCAUUGGAUCCCUGUGAAUAUUUUAAUUAUGAAAUAGCAAAGGCUUUCAGGUGCAACAGCUCCUACUUCUUUUUCCAUUAAUGUGGAAAGGAAAGGGUUAAGCUCUUUGAUAUUUAACAGCAGAAGAUAAUUUUUUUUUCAGCUUUGAUGUGACUGAAGGGCCUACCUGUAUGUAUUUUUUAACUUUACUAAUUGUUUUCCUAUUGCAUUGCCCGUUGAUACCGCAAUGCGUUGCAGCUGCUCCGGACCCAGUGGAUGGGUAAGGGUUUGGUCCUGCCCUCACGUAAAGCUACACAGUAUUUGAACAAAACUUGGUAUUUAACCUGGUGUGAAUGUUUUACAAUAAAAUCUAAUUUACUGAA